AUGGACUCCAUUGCCAAGCAAUCUGUGAGGAUCUGCCCAUUUAUAAACAAGGCUGCAUCGUCGCUGAGAAAUGUCAAGACGCUAAAGCAAUCGAAUGUGCCGCUGAUGGCGCAGAAAUGCCCCUUCAUGGGUCAAGCAAUGCAAAAAGCCCACUUGGCCACGUCCGCGGCGCCAGAAGUGGCUAAGAUGUCUCAAAGAGCCACAUCGGCCAGUGAGUCGGCGCAGGACUCUGUGAUGGUGGACCACGCGACCCAGGAUUCUAAGUUUGAUUACGAUGGACUUUUUGAGCAUGAGGUCCGCAAGAAACGGGUCGACAAGUCAUAUCGGUUUUUCAAUAACAUCAACAGGCUUGCCAAGGAGUUUCCUAUGGCCCAUCGCCAAACAGAGGAGGACAAAGUAACUGUCUGGUGCUCUAAUGACUAUUUGGCACUGUCCAAGAACCAGCAGGUCGUGGACGUUAUGAAGCGAAUCUUGGACAAAUACGGAGCUGGUGCAGGCGGCACGAGAAACAUUGCUGGCCACAACCAACACGCACUGAGACUUGAAGCUGAGGUUGCUGCCUUACACAAAAAAGAGGGUGCUUUGGUUUUCUCGUCCUGCUUUGUGGCGAACGAUGCGGUCAUUUCGCUAUUGGGCCAAAAACUAAAAGAUCUCGUAAUUUUCUCCGAUGAAUUAAAUCAUGCCUCUAUGAUCGUUGGUAUCAAGCACGCAUCCACUACUAAACACAUUUUUAAACACAACGACCUGGACCACUUGGAGCAGCUGCUAGCAAGCUACCCCAGAUCCACUCCCAAAUUGAUUGCCUUCGAGUCUGUUUAUUCUAUGUCAGGGUCCGUAGCGGACAUUGGAAAGAUUUGUGACUUGGCCGAGAAGUACGGAGCUUUAACCUUUUUGGACGAAGUUCACGCUGUCGGACUAUAUGGCCCCCACGGAGCAGGUGUCGCCGAACAUUGCGAUUUUGAAUCUCAUCGUAAAGCUGGUAUUGCCUCGCCUAACUAUAGAACUGUCAUGGAUCGUGUCGAUAUGAUCACAGGUACACUCGGUAAAUCUUUUGGUACUGUUGGCGGUUACGUUGCCGGCUCACUACGCCUUAUCGAUUGGUUAAGAUCCUAUGCCCCUGGGUUCAUUUUCACUACAUCUUUACCCCCUGCAGUAAUGGCUGGUGCAGCUGAAGCAAUAAGAUUUCAGCGUUCGCACUUAGAUUUGAGACAAGCUCAGCAAAGGCACACUGCCUAUGUCAAAAAAGGGUUGGCGGACCUCGACAUCCCAGUCAUACCUAACCCAUCUCACAUCGUACCCAUAUUGAUCGGUAAUCCAGACUUAGCCAGACAAGCAUCUGAAAUUUUGAUGGACAAACAUCGUAUUUACGUGCAAGCAAUUAACUUCCCUACCGUUGCCAGAGGCACCGAGAGACUCCGUAUCACACCUACUCCAGGACAUACCGACGACUUAUCCGACAUUUUGUUGGAAGCGGUGGAUGAUGUCUUUAAUACUCUGCAAUUGCCUCGUGUAAGGGAUUGGGAAAUGCAAGGUGGUUUAUUGGGAGUCGGCCAGGCCGAAUACGAUGCAGCACCUAAUUUGUGGACACAAGAACAGUUGCAACUAACUAAUGGCGAUUUACAACCCAAUGUCAAAGAACCUAUCAUUGAUCUACUUGAAGUCUCGUCCGGCAUUCGGUACUAA